GUAACUCGGAACGCGGAAGUUGCAGCGCGAGGAGUAGGAGACAGUAGCCGGAAAGUGGAAGUGAAGUUUUCUUAAAGAGAUUGAGCGGUUUUGUUUUGACAUUUCUUGGUUCAUUUUCCGCAAAAACUUGGUUCCAGAGGUGGAACGAAUCUGGGAUACAUGUAACAGGGCUGUUGUCAGUGGGAACAACUGGGUCGAACUCCCCACAGAUUAACAAUGGGAGGAGUGUUUGACAAAUGUCAAAAGGGGGUCAACUACCAGGCACGACACCCUACUCGUGCCAAUGGUGCCGAUAACACCAACAGAUACAAUCAGUCCCCACGAUCGCUUGCACCACCUGCUGUCCUUCCUCGACCACAAGAUGAUGGCCAGAGAGACAUUUACAUGGCGCUCUACAAAUAUGAGGCCCGCACGGAGGGGGAUCUGUCCUUUGAUCGAGGGGAGAAACUCAAAAUACUCGAUUACAGUGGGGACUGGUGGCUGGCAAAGUCCCUGGUAACACACAACGAGGGUUACAUUCCGAGUAACUUUGUGGCCCAGGUCAAGAGCUUGGAAGCAGAAGACUGGUUCUUCCGCGACUGCACGCGAAGCGAUGCCGCAAAUCGUCUGAUGGUGCCUAGCCUGGUGCCAGGAACAUUUCUGAUCCGUGAAAGCGAAACCAAGCCUGGAACAUAUGCCUUGUCAGUCAGAGACGAAAGCAGCGGAUUUCCCAACGUCAAAAAUUACCGCAUUAAUAAAUCAACCGAUGGAGAAUUUUACAUUUCAGCCCACAAGAAAUUCCCCACCUUACAAGAUGUGGUAGAAUUCUACAGAGGAGGUGACAACGCUGGUCUGUGUUGUCGGCUUACCGAUUCGUGUCCGAAGGAAAGUCCCACCACGAAAACGUUAGGCAGAGACAUCUGGGAGAUCGACCGCAGCUCAAUGGUGUUGGUGUCAAAGUUGGGUUCCGGCCAGUUUGGCGAAGUGUGGAAAGCAAUUUGGAACAGCAAAACGCCAGUUGCUGUCAAGACACUAAAAGAAGGAACGAUGUCUCCCGAGGCAUUCCUAGCAGAAGCCAACAUCAUGAAGGAGAUGAGACACGCCAAACUAGUCAACCUUUAUGGCAUAUGCUCCGAGAAGGAACCCAUCUACAUCGUCACAGAGCUCAUGAAGAACGGAGCGCUUCUUACAUACCUCCGAGAAGGGGACGGGAAAUAUCUCAGCUUGCGUGUCCUCGUUGACAUGACUGCCCAGAUUGCCCAAGGGAUGAGUUUCCUGGAGAAUCGCGGCUACGUCCAUCGGGACCUAGCCGCCCGCAACAUCCUGGUGGGAGAGAACAACCUGGUCAAGAUAGCCGACUUUGGUUUGGCCAAACUUGUACUAGAUGAGAACUACGUAGCAAGAAAAGGAAACAAGUUUCCAGUCAAGUGGACAGCCCCAGAGGCUGCCCUCUAUGGCACUUACAGCAUCAAAUCAGAUGUGUGGUCGUUUGCCGUGCUGGUCGCAGAGGUCGUCACCAAGGGGAUGAUGCCUUAUCCAGGACUGACCAAUGCAGAGGUGCUUGACCAGGUCCAGCGCGGCUACCGAAUGACCAAACCCCAACACUGCCCGGACUCCCUGUACAGAAUAAUGCGCAAAUGCUGGCUGGAGGUACCCCAAGACCGACCCACCUUUGAGUUCCUCUACAAUUACCUGGACGAUUACUUUGUCUCACAGGAACCGGAGUAUAAAGACCCCGAAGGAUUCUAAAGGUUGGCCGGUCAUAGUCUUUCCGGUUUUCAUGACUGUGCACACAGAUGGCCUGUGUUAAAGGUGCCUUUAUUUAUUGAUCUCAAGCCAAACAUUUAAGACUGGCACUUGUCGGCUAAUGGAAUCUGCGUUGCUUCUGGUUAGGUAGAGUGGUACUUUGAUGUUGCGAGUGCCACUGUUUUUAACAUUGGCUGCUUUGAAACAAGAUGAAAAAUGUCAAGAUCAAGUUUACAGUGACUUCCUAAUUGUUACUUGGCAAUGAAACAAAAGUUUAAA